UGCGAUGUCGACCAGUGGACCCGUCCUAUCGCUGUGAGUGCCUGCCGGGCUAUCAAGCAAAACGCGACGAAUCUUCACCUCUCGGAUGGAGCUGCCAAGGUGAGCUCUCAGACUCCGGUCAUGCAAAAGGCGCAUGUCGAUCUAUGCAUAGAUCUGAAUGAAUGCGAACGUGGAGAUCAUACAUGCGAUCACUACGCUGUCUGUCACAAUACGGACGGAUCGUUCACCUGUGAAUGUCGGCCUGGUUAUACAGGCGACGGUCAUCACUGCACCACACUGAUUGGAGACGAAUCUGAAAUGGACGUGGACACGACAAUGGAUGCAGUCGCACUCACGGAACCACUAAGAGAAACUGAACCGCAGCAGCGUUUAAAGCCAAUUGAUUCUGAACCUCGUCCUCAGCUACCAAAGGUUAGUUUUUAA